AUGGGGGAGGAGGGAUUCCGCGGGUCCGAUGUCGAUAUUCCUUCUGCUUUCUGGAUGCUGGCUGACUCGUAUGAUAUCAGAACGCCUGGUAUCAUCGGGCUUCCAUUCUUCUGUCCAUGCAUGGGAGCGGCGUUGGAAAUGGAAGACAACGAGUAUCACGUCGAAUACCUUCUAGCCGCUCGCGCCGAUGUUGACCCCUAUGAUCGCAUCGUAUGGAAAUACCUGAUCAAAUGGACUGAAUACGACGAAGAGGAGGCUAUGUGGGAACCGCGCAGGAGCUUCCCGGUAAGAUGUCGCCUCCUGGACUCUUUUUGGUCCGUGAGGCGUCAUCGGGAGUGGGCAUCCACAUAUCUUUUUGUCGUGGCGAGUCGGGAAUGGAUUGAUGCCAAACGGGCGUGGUAUUGGUCCCAAUUUUAA